AUGACGAUCUGUACUUAUAACGCACGUACGCUUGCAUCGAAAGUGGUCAUCGAAGACCUGAUGAUGCUGACCAGGAAGAAAAAAACAUGCGACAGCAGAGGUGUUGGUGGAGUUGGCGUCCUCGUCAACACGAGUAUGGCAAAGAACAUCGACUCUUUCGAACAAACACGAAUCGGACCUCUGCCGAUAAGAAGAUGUGGUUCAAUGCUAGCUUUGACUAUCUUCUUCGUUUACGUUCCAACAUCAAGCUACGAAGAAGAAGUCGAAGCCUUCUAUAUGGACCUAGAGAAGCUUCUAGAAGAUCAUGCCUUCUAA